AUGAAGUCCUCAAUGGCGCCUGGAAUUCUCAUCACCUGCCUCGCAGGCAUCGGCGCAGCAGCCGUGCUCCGCGUCUUGUACUGGGCAUCGCAGUUCACCCUCUACCACUUCUGGCGACCUUCCAAACCCCUCGCGGCAUACAAACGCGCCAGCGGCGACAGCUACACGCUCAUCACCGGAGCCAGCGCCGGCAUCGGUCUCUCCAUCGCCCGCAACAUUGUCAGACAAGGCUUCGGCGUCGUUCUCCUCGGCCAUCUCCCGGACGAGCUCGAGUCGGCGGCCAAAAGUCUCAAUUCCCCGCUUGUGCGAACUCUCGUCGUCAACGCCCGCACCGCGACCCCGGAGGAACUCGAGACGGCGGUCGAGUCAAUCUCGGAUCUCAACAUCUCGAUUCUCGUCAACAAUGUCGGCGGUUUCCCCAUGGCUGAUCCGCCGUUGCGACCUCUUAGCACCCUCAGCACGGCUGAAGUUGACGCCUACGUUGACUUGAACGCGCGGUUCAUGGCGCGACUUACCAACCUCGUCCUGCCACUCCUUUCGUCAAGUUCUUCAAGAGAGAAACAUGAGCGGUCGCUGAUAUUGAACAUCUCUUCGGCCGGGAGGGUUGGGAUGCCUUGGAUCGUCAUGUACAGCGCCACCAAGGCGUUCAACUACGCCUUCAGCAUGGGACUGUCGCGGGAGUUGGAGGAUGACCCGACUACGGCGCAUAUCGACUGCCUUGCUGUUACACUUGGUGAGGUGCAGAGUCAGGCGAAUGUGAUGGCGGAGGGCGCGGUGACUGCUGAGAGGUUUGGGAGCUAUGUUGUGGGGGGUAUCGAUGGGGCGGUGAAGCGGGGCUGGAGGGAGGUGAGGCCGUACUGGGGGCAUGAUCUCGCGCUUGGGUUGGCCGAUCGGGUGUUGCCUGAUGGGAUGCUGACGCAUUUCGCGAGGGAGGAGCUGAGGUUGAAGAAGGAGAGGUGGGAUGGGAUUAUGGCCAAGAGGCGCUGA